GACGUAAUGUUGGUGCACUUUUCUCCUUCUACUACUUCGAAAGUUAGCGUCUUAGCAUCAUUGACGCUUCAACGUAAUUUGCAGUUUAAGUGCUGAAUAGUUUCGCGUUAGAAUAUUCACAUCUUCGGAAACACCAUGAGCACGUUAUGGAUGGGGAACCUGGAGGCCUACAUGGAUGAGAAGUUCAUCACCAGAGCCUUUUCCACCAUGGGCGAGCAGGUCAACAAUGUGCGGAUCAUACGCAACAAGAUGACAGGUGUGUCUUCACCCAGGGGCGCUCUGGGUUACUGCUUUGUGGAGAUGGCAGACGAGGCCACGGCUGAGAGGUGUCUCCGCAAAAUCAACGGGAAAGCUUUACCAGGGGCAAGUCCGCCCACACGAUUCAAGUUAAACCGAGCCACUUUUGGGAAACAAGACACUGGUCAGAUGUAUUCUCUGUUUGUGGGAGAUCUGACUCCAGAGGUGGAUGAUGGGAUGCUGUAUGAGUUCUUCUACAACCGCUACCCCUCCUGUCGUGGUGGGAAGGUGGUGCUGGACAGCAUGGGCAACUCCAAGGGCUGUGGCUUUGUUCAGUUCCCAGAUGAGCGGCUGCAGAAGCGGGCGUUGGAGGAGUGUCAGGGCGCUGUGGGACUGGGCGGCAAACCCCUGAGACUGAGCCUGGCUGCUAACAAUUUAAGGAACAGGCAGCAGCAUCAGCAGCAGCAUCAGCAGCAGCAGCAGCACUCAGACAGGUCGUGGCAAACAAGCUCCGGAUACAGACACAACUAUGACCAGUACAACCAGUACCAGCAGCAGGCAUAUCCUGGGUGUUACUCCUCCUGGGGCUAUGACCAGACUGGAGGAGCGUAUGGCUACAACUAUCAGCAGUAUGAUUACUCACAGUAUCCCCCACCACAGGAAAGUGAAGCUGUUCAGGAUGAUGGACUUGAAGAUCCCAGUCCAGAGCUGGACGUGGUGGAGGCCAACAGGAAGUUCAUGGAGCUGAGUGAGGAGCUGUACGACGCUCUGAUCGAGUGUCACUGGCAGCCAGCGGAGUUCUCUACAGAGCAGGACUAUGUGACAUCCAGCCUACCAGAACCCAUUUACUGCUGAAAGUGAACAUGUUUCUUUCUCUGGACUGUACCCUCCACAGGGUAUUUUAUUUUCAGCUUUCUGCUGAAACGUUGACAGCAUGGAUUUUUUUUUUCUUUUUUUUUAAGGGACGCAAAGAAAAUCUGUUAUGAUAAUAAAUCUUAAUCAAGUGUGGAAACCAA